AUCAUGUCGAUGAGCCCAAAGCAUACGACUCCUUUCUCAGUGUCUGACAUCUUGAGCCCCUUGGAGGAAAGCUACAAGAAAGUGGCCAUGGAGGGGAGCAACUUGGGGGCUCCGCUGGCGGCGUACAGGCAGCCUCAGGUGGCGCAGCCCGGCAUGCAGCAGCACCCCAUGGGCCACAACGGGACGGUCGCCGCGGCCGCCUACCACAUGACCGCCGCCGGGGUGCCCCAGCUCUCCCACACCGCCAUGGGGGGCUACUGCAAUGGCAACAUGGGCGACCUCCCGCCUUACCAGGACACCAUGAGGAACAGCGCCUCCGCCACCGGAUGGUACGGGGCCAACCCGGACCCCCGCUUCUCCACAAUCUCGCGCUUCAUGGGCCCGUCUUCGGGGAUGAGCAUGGGCAGCAUGGGCGGCCUGAGCUCGCUGGGCGACGUGGGCAAGGGCAUGGCGCCGCUGCAGAGCACGCCCCGGCGGAAGCGCCGCGUCCUCUUCUCGCAGGCCCAGGUGUACGAGCUGGAGCGGCGCUUCAAGCAGCAGAAGUACCUGUCGGCGCCCGAGCGGGAGCACCUGGCCAGCAUGAUCCACCUGACGCCCACCCAGGUCAAGAUCUGGUUCCAGAACCACCGCUACAAGAUGAAGCGCCAGGCCAAGGACAAGGCGGCCCAGCAGCAGAUGCAGCAGCAGGACGGGAGCGCCGCCUGCCAGCAGCAGCAGCAGCAGCAGUCGCCGCGCCGCGUGGCCGUGCCCGUGCUGGUCAAGGACGGCAAGCCGUGCCAGGCCGGCUCCAACGCGCCCGCCGUGGCGGCGGCGCUCCAGGGCCACCACCACCAACAGCAGCAGCAGCAGCAGCAGCAGCAGGCGGCCGCCACCGCCAUCACCGUGGCCUCCAACGGCGCCGGCCUGGGCCAGCACCAGAGCCACCAGGCCAGCAGCGCGGGGCAGUCGCCCGACCUGGGCCAGCACGCGGGCGGCAGCCCCUCGUCCCUGCAGAGCCAGGUCUCCGCCUUGUCCCACCUGAACUCGUCCGGCUCGGACUACGGGACCGCCAUGUCUUGCUCCACUUUGCUAUACGGCAGGACCUGGUGA